AUGGGGAAAUUAUUAAAACCAGGAAAAGUUGUUAUAAUAUUAAAUGGUCGUAGAGCCGGAAAAAAGGCAGUUGUAAUAAAUACAAUUGAAACACAAACAAGAGAAAGACCAUACAGCUAUUGCUUAGUAGCAGGAAUAGAAAAACAUCCAUUAAGAGUUACAAAAAAAAUGCCUAAAAGAAAAAUAGUAAAAAGAUCUAAAGUGAAAGCUUUUAUUAAAUAUAUCAAUGUUAAUCAUAUUCUUCCAACAAGGUAUCAAGUGGCUAAUGACUUUGAUAUUAAAAGUUUAGCUUCUGAUGAAGUUUUAAAAUCUAAAAAUAAAAAGAAAGAAGUUAAAAAAUUAGGAAAAAUUUUUAGAGAUAAAUUUUUAGAGCCAAUUAAUAAGAAAACAGGAGAAGUUUCUAAAGACAUUUCAUUUUUGCACAAAAAAUUAUACUUCUAA